AUGGCAAACGUAAGAUUGCCCUCUAAAAGCAUGGUUCAAGCCAUUGCUAACGAGGAGUCAGAUGAGAGGAUUGACUUGACUGAAAUUGAUCUCAAGCUUCUCCUAGUGUCUGCAAGGAUCAAGAAUAAUGUGCCAGUUAUUGGUUCUGUAACAAUGCAAUCAGAUGAUGGAUUGAAUGUCACUGCUAAGCAUGCCUCUGCAAGCACCACCUAUGGAAUUUCACAGUCACAAGUAUCAUUAACUCAGCAGCAAGUUCAACGUUUACUAGCACUUCUUAGUGAACAGAAUGUCUCAACUACACCUGACCCUUCUUCUGUAGUGUCUGCGACUACCUUAUCUAGUAUGAUAGUUACUACUAGUUGUGAUAAUCCUCCUAAUUCUUCUCCUUAUGUCCUAGAUACAGACUCAGCUCUUACUGAUUCUUCUCAACCUAUAUCUAUUGAACUUUCUUCAUCUUCUCAUCCUCUUCCUGCUCCUAUUAGAAGAAGCAACCGUGUCACUAAACCUCCCACCUACUUGGGUGUUUCUAAACCAUUGCUAGCUGUUCAAGUUACUGAGCUUGUUGAUGGCAUCUUUAUUGGUUGUACCAUGAACCACUCAGCUGGAGAUGGCACAUCAUUUUGGAAUUUCUUCAAUUUCUGGUCUGAUAUUUCUCGCGAGCUAGAUCAUAUCUCUAAGCAUCCUGUCCUUGAUCGUUUGUCGCUUCUCAACGAACUAAAAGCGAGAGCCAACGGUGAAGUUGCAACUAAUUCAAUCUCCUCUCUUCAAUCACUCUUGGCCCAUAUUUGGAUAAGUACAACUCGAAGCCGACAAGAUAACCUUGAUGAAGAGGUUGAUUUGAUAAUAUUCGUUGAUAUACGGACUCGAUUGCAGCCACCAUUACCAGAUACAUAUUUUGGAAGUGCAGUGGUGCUUGGGACUGUAACCAUGAAAGCAAGAGAAAUACUGGAGCAUGGACUUGGGUAUGUAGCUUUGCAGAUAAACAAAGUGGUUUCUUCAUACACAGAAGACAAGGUAGAAGGCAUUUUAGAGUCCUUUCUGGACAAUCCUAAUCCGUUCACGAUAAGCAACUUUGUACGUAACAACUGUUUGAUUGCAAGCAGUUCUCCGAGGUUUAAUGUUUUUGGUAUUGAGUUUGGUUUUGGAAGGCCAGUUGCAGUGCGCUCGGCUAGGACCAAGAGUGAUGGGAAGAUUACUUUGUUUCCUGGAAAGGAAGAAGGGAGUAUUGAUAUUGGACUCUCUGUUUUUCCUGAGACUCUGAAGGCUAUGGAAAAAUGA